GGAAAAUAAAAAGUUGUUGAAAUUGAGCGGAUGUAAUCAAAGAUGAUGAGAGAACUUCAAGUUCUCCAUCGAAACAUACUGAAGAUUCCCAGCUAAGGAUAAUCAUUUUCCCACAUCAAGUACACUGAUUUUACUCUGCUUUCCCUCCAUUGAACAAUCUCUAGAAGAAAACGAUUCCAUUUCACUUUACACUCUUCCAAAUUUCCUCAGAGAAUAUAUCCUCUCCUUACUGGGAGUGACCCUUUCCCCCCUAUAAGAACCAUAACCCCACUCUCAGGAAGCUCCAAGAAAGUUCUGAAUUAUUUGAUUCUUGGCUGUAAUUUGCAAUGACUAGCUCCAUUAAACUUGAAGUUCACUCAGCAGAAGAGAAAAAUCCUCAGAAAUGGCGCAUCUCAUUACCCGAAGAGGUGUUUAGAAGGUUUUUGUCACAGGACAAUCAAACAGUUGACAAGGUGUUUGCAGAAGGAUCACUGUUCAGUCCAUUGUUGUUUGGAAAAUUCUUUGAUCCAUCUGAUGCUUUUCCUCUAUGGGAAUUUGAAGCUGAUAGCUUGUUAUCUAAUCUUCGGAACUCAGGAAAGAGUACUGUUGAUUGGUUUCAGACAGACCAGGCAUAUGUACUUAAGGCAGAAGUACCAGGUAAGUCUUUACUAAGCACCUUUGAUUGCAUAUCUUUACCAUACACAAACAGGAAGUAAUCGUUUAUGUUCCCUUAACCCUUCCCUAGGCUCCUUACUAGAGACAGGAUUAAUUUUCCGGUGCUUGACAGAUAGGAUUGAUCAUGAAGCUAGGAGGCUGCAACAUAAAUUUUAUGAACAUCCAAAAGGGAAUCUUGAUUUGUAUCAAAAUUUUUUUUUACUGGCUCUGAAUUCUUAGUAUGAAUGAUGAUUUGGUUGUUCAAGCAGGAUUAGGGAAAAAUAAUGUACAUAUUUACAUCGAAAAUGGGAAAAUUUUGGAGAUUAGUGGGCAGUUAAAGCAGCAAAGGGAGACUAAUACAAAGGACUGGAGGAGCUGCAACUGGUGGGAACACGGAUUUGUGAGGAGACUUGAACUGCCAGAAGAUGCAGACUGGAGAAAAACAGAAGCGAUUGCGAGUAACAACAUGUUUCUAGAGAUUAGAAUUCCAAGAACUGCAUCUAAUUUUGACAGUCUUGAAGAAUCAGGUACCAAAAACAAAGAAUCAAUGUAAAGAAGAGUACUAACACAUGUAUGAACUACGAACAAUGUUAAGAGUCCAUACUUCAUAGCCAAAGAAUAAGUACUUUUUUAACCAUGUAGUGAUUUUGACAGAAAGUAGAAUGUGCAAUUUUGGGAAUAUAGAUUUCUUACAAGUUACACAACUUAGUAAUGUAACUUGCCUGGGAAGGCUAGCCACAAGAAUGAAAGCGCAUGCCCAUU